UUGGUUGCUAACAGAGUUCCAGCUGACAGGAUAUUUGGAAAUAUUCUGCUUCUGAAUGUUGUGCUGCUGUGGCAGAGGGAAAAGGUUUUAUUGCAAAACAAAAACAGCUGGAGAUCAAAUGUCGAAGACCAUCCCCAAGAACAAAGCAAGUGAAAAAUCUGGAGUUGUGAAUGUUGAGAUCAAACACUCCUCCCUCUGCUCCUCCAUCUGUCUAGGCUCUGGAGGAAAGUUGGGGCUUUUGUUGCCAUACAUCUGGCCCAAAGGCACUGCAGCCCUGCAGGGAACCGUGCUACUUUGCAUGGGCUUGUUGGCAGCAGAGCGUCUGGUCAAUGUUAUGGUUCCUAUUUAUUCCAAGAAUAUUGUGAAUGAGCUCUCCGCAGGAGGUCCCUGGACUUCAUUAAUUUCAACUGUCUGUAUCUUCACACUGCUAAAGUUUCUACAAGGAGGAGGUGCAGGUACUUCUGGUUUCAUUAGCAACCUGCGUCAAUUCCUAUGGAUAAAAGUUCAACAGUUUACCAGCAGAGGUGUUCAGGUCCGUGUGUUUUCUCACCUCCAUGGAUUGUCUGUACGAUGGCAUCUGGAGAGGCGCACUGGUGAUGUGGUAAGAAGCAUCGACCGUGGUAUGUCCUCCAUCAAUAAUCUGCUAAGCUACAUCCUGUUCAGUAUCCUCCCGACCAUCAUUGACAUCAUUAUCGCAAUUAUUUACUUUGUGUCUUACUUCAACAUCUGGUUUGGACUCAUUGUUUUCACCUGCAUGGUCCUCUAUCUCACUUGUACUGUUUUGAUCACAGAGUGGAGAACUAAAUACAGGAGAGAGAUGAACAACCAGGACAACAAUGCAAAAUCCAUAGCGAUAGACUCACUGCUCAACUUUGAGACGGUAAAAUAUUACAAUUCUGAAGAUUAUGAAGUCCACUGCUUCAAUGAGGCUAUUUUAAAUUAUCAGAGGAGUGAAUGGAAGAGCUCAGCUUCUCUGGCUUUGCUUAAUCAGGCACAGAACAUCAUCAUCGGAUCAGGACUGCUUGCUGGAUCUCUGCUCUGUUCCUACAUGGUCUCUCAGAAACAGUUUCAGGUUGGAGACUAUGUUCUGUUUGGAACCUAUAUCAUCCAGUUGUAUAUUCCUCUAAAUUGGUUUGGGACCUACUACAGGUUAAUUCAGAGUGGACUCAUUGAUAUGGAAAACAUGCUGGCUCUACUAGGAGAGCACAGAGAGAUUGAAGAUGCUGAAGAGGCUCAGGACUUGCAGCUGACGGCAGGGCAGGUGGAAUUCGACAAAGUCUGUUUUGGCUAUGUCCCUGGUUCAGAGGUUCUGACCAAUGUGACAUUUAGUGUGGAAGCUGGACAGACUGUUGCACUGGUAGGUCCGUCUGGAUCAGGAAAAAGCUCCAUCCUGCGUCUGUUGGUCAGAUUUUUUGACCCCCAGGAUGGCUGCAUCCGCAUUGAUGGCCAGGACAUCUCCAAGGUGCGUCAGUCUUCUCUGAGAUCGUACAGCGGUGUUGUUCCCCAAGAUAUUGUCCUUUUCAAUGACACCAUCCGUAACAACAUUCACUACAGCCAAGUUACUGCAAGCGACCAGGAGGUGCAGAAAGCUGCCAUGGCUGCAGAUAUACACAGCAAGAUACUGGAGCUGCCACUGGGGUAUGACACUUUGGUGGGAGAGCGUGGUCUGAAGCUCAGCGGUGGGGAGAAGCAGAGAGUUGCCAUUGCUCGAACAAUCCUGAAGAAACCACAGAUUAUCUUGCUUGAUGAGGCUACCUCUGCACUUGAUACCCAAGCUGAGAGGAACAUCCAGGCAUCACUGGCCAAAGUCUGCACCAACAGGACAACUAUAGUAGUUGCACACAGGUGA